UUAAUUUCGGGCCGCCGCUGAGUGCGGUUUACACACGGAGGUGAGUGAGCGAGAGAGAGAGAGAGAGAGAGAGAUAGUGUACCGAGUUAGAGAGAAGAGGCGAGGCGGUUCGAUGCCGUUUCUCAGCUGGACUUGCCCUUCAACUAAGCAGCAGAAAUUGUGCCUGAACCAGUGUGGAACUUUCAACUACGACCCCAAGUUUCAUGGAGCCACAGGGGACGCAUCCUCUGAUAUCCAUGAAUUCUCACAACGCCUCGCUUCUGAUGGUUUUGCAGUGAACCAUGCUCGUAUCCUCCUUGGCUAUGGUCUCCAAACCUACGACAAGGCAGUGCAGGCCCUCCAAAACUGGAGACAUUUCCAGUUGAAUUGGGCGCUUGUCGAUCCUAAAACUCGAAUAAAAACAGGGGAAAGAUUCUGUGUUUGUACAAAAGAGUUUCUUCCUUGGGUCCUCUUACCCCUUGAGAUUAUUUAUGUGAGGGACCCUAAGGGUGUGGACUUGGGUCCAAAGCUUAAGCAUUCAUUUAGGUUCGGUAGCGGGACCCUUCAUGGCCAUCUACUGGCUGGGGAAGAGCGAUUUUCUAUUGAAUGGGAUGAGGAGAACAAGGUAUGGUAUGAGAUCCUCUCAUUCUCGAAGCCUUCUCACAUCCUCUCAUUUAUGAGCUACCCAUAUGUCAGCUUCAGGCAGAAACAGUUUGCCAAGCAAUCUAUGCAGGCAGUUUUAGAGCAUCUCUCAGCUCAACACCCUAGGGAGAUGUAAUUGAAUCAUGAAUGUGGGUUAGCUUUCUUGUUACCAUUUCGUUCUGCAUAAUUAGCUUUUCUAGAGUAUUGCAUAAUUGUGUUAAACAAAUGCAAAAAUUUACUUUCUUGUUACCAUUUCGUUCUGCAUAAUUAGCUUUUCUAGACUAUUA